CUGCUCUUCAAAAGAUUUGGUUAGUCCAAGCUCCAAAGUUUUGUUUCCCCUUCUGUUUGUCUCUCUUCUUCUUCUCACAAGUCACAACUAAAUCUUAGUGAGAGACGUUGCAGAAAAACAGAAGCAAAAAAUAGAAAAAUAGUUUGGAGAUGGCAAAAGUUCCAGUAGGGUGCGAACCAGUGGUGGGUUCUUUGACCACACCAAAGAAGAAAGACUACAAAGUCACCAACAGACUUCAAGAAGGCAAACGCCCCAUAUACGCCGUCGUUUUCAACUUUAUUGAUUCCCGCUUUUACAAUGUCUUUGCCACAGUUGGCGGCCACAGGGUGACUGUUUAUAGAUGCCUUGAAGGUGGUACAAUUGCUGUUCUUCAGUCCUACACUGACGAGGAUAAGGAGGAGUCUUUUUAUACUGUCAGCUGGGCUUGUGAUAUUGAUCGUACUCCAUUGAUAGUGGCUGGAGGUACCAAUGGCAUAAUACGUGUUAUUGAUGCUGCUAAUGAGAAGAUACACAAGAGUUAUGUUGGUCAUGGGGACUCAAUUAAUGAAAUCAAGACUCAAUCCCUGAAACCAUCACUUAUAGUGUCCGCCAGCAAAGAUGAAUCAGUUCGUCUGUGGAAUGUUCAUACUGGAAUAUGCAUCUUGAUAUUUGCUGGAGCUGGGGGUCAUCGUAAUGAAGUCUUGAGUGUGGAUUUUCAUCCUUCUGAUAUAUAUCGCAUUGCAAGUUGUGGGAUGGACAACACUAUUAAGAUCUGGUCAAUGAAGGAAUUUUGGCCAUAUGUGGAGAAAUCAUUCACAUGGACGGAUCUGCCAUCAAAGUUCCCUACAAAAUAUGUGCAGUUCCCUAUCUUCAUUGCUUCAGUUCAUACAAACUAUGUUGACUGUACAAGGUGGCUUGGUGAUUUUGUCCUUUCGAAGAGUGUUGACAAUGAGAUUGUACUAUGGGAGCCAAUUAUGAAGGAACAAUCUCCUGGUGAGGGUUCAGUUGACAUUCUGCAGAAAUAUCCUGUUCCCGACUGUGAUAUUUGGUUCAUAAAAUUUUCAUGUGAUUUUCAUUACAAUGCAGCAGCAGCAGGCAAUAGGGAAGGGAGGAUCUACGUCUGGGAGCUACAAUCCUGCCCCCCUGUUCUGAUUGCGAAGCUUUCACACUUUCAAUCAAAAUCCCCUAUUAGACAAACUGCCAUGUCAUUUGAUGGAAGCACCAUUCUGGCUUGCUGUGAAGAUGGAACGAUCUGGCGGUGGGAUGCAAUACCCUGUCCUUAGAUUUUGUGAAAGCUGGUUGUCAGAAGGCCUUGAGAGGUGAGCCCAUUGGAUCUUGAAAAAAGUCUGUUUUUCAUCUUCUGUCAAAUGAAGAGAGCCAUUAGCACUAAUGGCUGGCGGGGCUGUGGUGGUAGCUGCACAAUUCUAGAGGCAAAAUCUCUGAGCAAAUAUCUGAAGAAUUAUCUUUUCUGCCUUGAUUCUACCAUAAAUUGGCUAAGCAGCGGUGUUCGGUGAAUAAGGGCAAGUAGCAUGACUGUAGAGUUUUGUUUAAUCAAAUGGGUGUUGUCAUGCCAGGAAGAUGGUAGAGUUAAAACUGAUGGCUGUAAGCUAAAUGAGCUGUGUGUAUAAGAGAAGGGAAGUGUUUAAUUUCUGUCAUGGAAUUGUUUUCAUAUAUUUUCGUCUACAAUUCUGUGAUAUGUUUUAAUUUUAUUAUAUACGAGUAGAUAGCAGCUUAUCACUU